AUGGCGGGUUGCCUCAAAAAAUUGCUUACGGUGGUGCUGGUCGUUGUCGGAUACCUGGGCUGCGGAUCAAGCGAUGACAUUUGCGGCACAACCCCGGCAGCUGGUCCCAAUUUCGCUGUACAGGUUGAUGUUGUCCUUCUGGAUCUGUUUAUGAAUACGCGAUAUCAGUCCCCAGACCCUAGUUCAGGCCUCACAACGUACACCUCAACACAACCGCCGGAUAGCAUCGCCGGUAGCGGUGCCGCCACCGGUACGGCGACUUGUUCCAGUGUCGUCACCGGAGAUAGUUGUUAUUAUUGUCUUUAUGCUUUGGCACAGUAUGUGGAUCCCUGCAGCAAAUUUACAACUGGCUCAGCUUCCUACCCCCAGAGGUGCUCCAUUCAAUUUCAGCAACUCUGA